AUGUACAAGAACCAGCUUCAAGAGCUGGCGCAGAGGAGCUGCUUCAAUCUUCCUUCAUACACUUGUAUCCGAGAAGGUCCCGAUCACGCGCCGAGGUUUAAAGCUACCGUUAACUUUAACGGCGAGAUCUUCGAGAGUCCUCAGUACUGUUCGACUCUCCGUCAAGCUGAACAUUCCGCUGCCGAAGUAGCGCUCAAUUCGCUUUCGCACCGCGGUCCUUCUCACUCACUCGCCGCUAAGAUCCUUGAUGAGACUGGAGUCUACAAGAACCUCUUACAGGAAAUUGCACAGCGAGUAGGGGCUCCAUUGCCUCAGUACACAACAUUCAGAUCAGGCCUAGGACAUUUACCUGUUUUUACUGGGAUAGUAGAAUUAGCUGGAAUCACAUUUACCGGUGAACCUGCCAAGAAUAAGAAACAAGCAGAGAAAAAUGCAGCUAUGGCAGCCUGGUCAUCUUUAAAGCAAUUGGCAAAAGAGAGUGCUAGCUCUUCUACUGAACCUGAGAACAAUGAUGAAUUAGAACAGAUCACUAUAGCUCGGGCUUUGCUGAACUACCGUUUGAAGGAAAAGAUGUCAAUGUCUAACCGAAAUGCACCGAUUCCCUUCCAGAAGAAGUUUCAGAUUCAAAAUCUCAGGCCAACUAGUUCUCAACCUCCUGCCACCACAUCAAAGAUCCUUCCUCUAAUUUGCCCAAAGACAGGACCUCGAAACAAACCUUCAUCAGCAACAUCAAAUGAAAAUCCUCGAAGCAGGCAUCCGCUAACAACAGCAACCAGUGACAAGUCCAUUGUGCAGCCGCCACAAUCUUAUGUACUAGAAAACUGGAUGACCCGUCCUCUGAGGUUCCCUGCAGCAGGAGCAGCACCUUAUGUUCCCAUUCGACAAAUGAGACCACCUUGCCAUGGGAUUGCACCUCCAGUGGCUAUGAGGACGGUAGUACCCGUGUUCUCUGCACCACCUCGUCCACCACCUGCCUCAGUUCAUCAGGUUAUACGGGCUCCGCCUGUACGAGUUGCUCCUCCGGUAAGUAUUCGGCAAGCUAUUCCUGUAUAUGCUGUCCCUCCACCAAGAAAAGAUGAAUCUCCCCCCAUCCAAAAUGAUCUACCUGCCCCUGCCGAACAAGAUAAGCUUCCAGCUAAAAUUCUAGAGACGGACAAGACUGAGAAGUACCCACCACAACCAGAGACUUUGCAGAGUUUGGAGCAGCUAAAAAUUUGA